AUGGCGGAACAGACACCAGAGCGGUCGGCCUACCUGCCGCCGCAUGCGCGGUCGCAGCAGUCGAACAAUUGGCGCGUCAAGGACGACUCACCUAGAGUUGAGCAAAACUCGCACUUUCGACAGGAUCGCAACAACUCAAACACGGGCGAAAACAGUUCAAGCGUGGAUUCGGGAUCACGUCUUUGGGUCGGCAAUCUUCUCUACACUGCAUCGCGAGAGGAUGUAGAACAGUUGUUCACAGCAAAUGGCUUUCCACCCACGGGUCUGUCCAUGAGCGUUGAUCCAUUUACACAGCGAAAUCCUUCAUACUGCUUCUUGGACUUUGAGACGGCUGAGGAUGCAGCUCGUGCGAUGGAGGCGAUGAAUGGCAAGGAACUGCUUGGAAGGGAGAUCAAGGUCAAUCCAGGCGUGAGACGUCAGCAAGGUGAUGGAGAGCGACGGACUAGGGACUUCAGCCAGACUGGAGGCACAGGAGGGAGCCGCUUCACGAGGGACUAUCCACAGAACGGCACUCAAUCAUCACCAGCGUACAACCGCUGGAAUCGAACCGAUCAAUCGCAAUACAACCAGAAUGCCCAAUCUCAAGGAUUUCGGCUCUAUGUUGGUGGGCUGCCUCGCAUCGAACCUCAAGCUGCUUGCGAGAGCACCAUCCGCCAGCUGUUCACAGAGAGUGGCUUCGACGUUGCUGCCAUAAGCAAGCUCAUCUCUCCACACCCAGACAAGGCCGAAGAACCCGGCAAUCAUCACUACAUCUUCGUCGAUAUGAACAGCUUGCAGGAUGUCGAGGCUGCAGUUGAGCGUAUGAAUGGUAUUGAGACCGAGUGGGGUGCAUUGCGAGUCGGCCAGGCGAAGCAGAACCGCGACCGCGAGCGGAGACCGAACCAGAACUACGAGCGUCGUCUCGUCGAGGAGAACUAUUGA